AUGUCGAAAGCAGACCUUCCCCAAUGGGGCAGAGUGCUCGUCGCCGGCGGUAUCGACUGGCCUACACUAGGUCGUAAAGCAUCCAAAGCCGGUCCACCUCUCACAGUCAAUCCUGACCAUCCCGACUUGCCAGCACCACACAUCCUCCGUUCAGUCUCCAAUGUCCGCAUGAAGCGCGUCUUCUCCUCUCACUCUUCCUGUCACGCCGUCCUCCUCUCCGUCGAUGGAGACGCCUACAUCAUCGGUCGCAACGAACAAGGUCAAUGCGGUCUUCCUAUCCAACGCAUCCCCACCUCCUCCAAACCUUCCGGGCCUGCAGUGUGGGAUGCCUACCUCCUCGACCCAUCCACCGACUUCUCCCCCGCCCUCCCCUCCGGAUCCAAAGGCCAAAUUGUCUUUGCAGCCUGCGGUCGAUCGCAUACCCUGCUCAUCACUUCUUCCGGCUCCGUCUACUCCGCAGGCCUCAACACCUCCGGUCAAUGCGCUCAUCCAGAAUCCCAAACCGUCCCCAUCUUCACCCGCAUCGAAACAGCACCCUUCAUUAAAGAACGCGAUCCUAUCAUCGCCGCCUCCUGCGGUCUCACCUUCUCCAUGCUCCUCACCGCCUCCGGAAAAGUCUACACCAUGGGCUCUUCCGAAAAGGGUCAGUUGGGGAACGGGCGAACAGGCGAACACUUUACCAGCAGCAACAGGUUAGCGUUCAACACCUUCUCCGAACCUUUCCUAGUAAAACAGCUCGCAGAUAAGAAAAUCACUCAGAUCGCCUGUGGACAGCAACACACCAUUGCGAUGGACGAAGACGGAUAUGUCUACGUCUGGGGGUUCGGCGGUUACGGCCGAUUGGGGCUGGGCUCACAACAAGAUCAACUCACACCGACGCUAGUGCCGCAGUUCGCGAGGGAGAAUGUGGUGAUGCGAGCAAAAGCGAUUUAUGCCGGGCCAACGAAUUCAGCCGUCGUCGACGGUCAGAGCAUGUUUUGGCUCGCGGGCAAAUGGAAGACUUCUGGAGACGGAAGUGCUGGUCAAGGAUUUAUGACUUUUAAAUAUCUUCCCGAUCUAAUGGGUGUCAAAAUCACCAAUGCCGCCCUUGGCGGAGUUACUCUGCUCUGCACCGCAAUUGAAGAGGCUUCUGUCGUAGGCGAGCACGGAGCGACAAUGAACAUCUGUUGGGGCCAGAACGCCAACUGCGGCGAACUCGGUCUCGGCGAAGGCAAACCUCGUUCCGCCACAAAACCACUCCGCAACGAAACAUUAGACGGCAUUGCCAUCAUCGAUCUCGCCGCCGGUCAAAACACAACCUUCUAUCUUGCGAGGAAUCUAGGCGAGAGAUAUGGAGAACUGCCAAGAUGGCCAGAGGUAGUGCAGAGUCAAGAGGUGUGUAUGGUGUGUGGCAAGGAGGAAGGGGAGGGUGGAGAGGGUGAUGCCUUGUUGGAAUGUGAGAAAUGUGAGAAUCCUUGGCAUUUGGGUUGUUUGAGACCGAAACUGACCGAGAUCCCGGAUGGUGAAUGGCAUUGUCCCAAUUGUACGUUUCCAGUAGGGAAGAGUGAGAAUGGGAAUAGCGGGAGUAAGAGGGCGAACGAUGAUGGUGAAGAGGAUCAGCAGGAUGGGGGGGCGACAACUGCCAAGAAGCGAAGAGCUUAG